AAUUACGGAGACACAUAUAAAAUUACAUAUGCUCACACAACACAGCAACACACAUUUAUAAAUGUAUAUAUAAAGCUCACUUCUUUGCUACAGUCUAUCUAUCCCAAACUUCAUUUCAUCACUUUACAGCCAUGCUUCUUGAUUUCUUUAUAUCAAGUUCUCUAAUUUCUUAUUCAUUUUAGAUGAGAUUUCACUAGGGUUUUACACAGAGGUUUUCAAUAUGACAGACCAUAGCCUCCUCUGCACAGAAACCAAUAACUUGUGUUUUGAUGAUCUUGAGGCUAGAGAUGAUCAGACCCGUGAAAUAGAUUGUGAAAAUGUGGUGGGUAAUGAAUCAGAAGCUUUGAUUUGUGCCGUCCCAUUACAGAGAGAUGAGAUUUUGUGUUUGUUGUUUGAGAGACAAGGUGAAUUUUUGCCCAGAGGUGAUUUUCUCCACAGAUUAAGAAGUGGUGAGCUUGAUUUGUGUGUCAGAAAAGAGGCUCUUGAUUGGAUUUAUAAGGCUCAUGCUCAUUACAAUUUUGGAGCAUUGAGUGUUUGCUUAGCAGUGAAUUAUUUGGAUCGCUUUCUUUCUCUUUAUGAAUUGCCGAGUGGAAAAAAGUGGACUGUCCAAUUGUUAGCUGUUGCCUGUUUAUCACUGGCAGCAAAAAUGGAGGAGGUUAAUGUGCCACUAACUGUUGAUUUACAGGUGGCUGAUCCUAAGUUUGUUUUCGAGGCUAAAACAAUUAAAAGAAUGGAGCUUUUGGUGUUGAGCACCUUGAAAUGGAGAAUGCAAGCCUGCACCCCUUGUUCAUUCAUAGAUUACUUCCUUCGAAAAAUCAACAAUGCUGAUGCGCUUCCAUCGGGGUCUCUGAUCGAUAGGUCGAUUCAGUUCAUUUUGAAAACGAUGAAAGGUAUUGAUUUUCUGGAAUUCAGGCCCUCAGAAAUUUCAGCAGCUGUGGCAAUUUGUGUAACAAGAGAAGCACAAACACUAGACAUUAAUAAGGCAAUGUCUAAUAUCAUACCUGUUGAAAAGGAUAGAGUAUUCAAGUGUAUUGAAAUGAUUCAAGAUCUGACAUUGGUUACUGAGACUAGUAAUGUAGCUAGUGGUAGAACAAGAGCACAAGUGCCACAAAGUCCUGUUGGGGUGUUGGAUGCUGCAUGCUUGAGCUAUAAGAGUGAUGAGAGAACAGUUGGGUCAUGUCCUAAUUCUUCUUCACAUACUGAGACUAGUCCACACACUAAAAGGAGGAAGCUUGAUUGAGAUCAUGAAAUGUGGAUUUUACUCUAUCACUCAGUUUCAGAUUUUUAGUUGAAUGGGAGUUUUGGUGUGGCUGCCUUUGCAAGUGACCACCUUUAUGAUAGAGGAAAAAUAAUAUAUAAAUAUAAAAAUAUGUAGAGAGAGAGAGAGGGGAGAGAGAAUCUUGUGCCUUGAGCAUGAAUAUAGUUGUGACCAGCUGUUAAUAAAAUGUCAUUUUAACAGUAAAACUUAGUGUGGGGGAAGUGGCCGGGCCAGGAGUAGAGAGGUUUUUGCUAUUUCAGUUGUUUAUUAAUUAUUAUUACUACAUACAGAAUAUAUUCUUCAAUUUUUCCUGUAAAAUUUGGGACUAUUAGUUCUCCUAAA